GAACCAGAGCAACAAUGGCGAAUACAAAAUCAGAUCAAAUCAAUCCCAACAAUGGUUUCUCAUCACUAACAAAAACCUUUCAUAGUCUCCGACCACCAGUUCCUCUUCCUCCACCCACCCAAAAUCUCUCCAUCUCCGAUUACGUAACUCAUCUCCUCCACCUUUCAACCACCGCCUCUUCCUCCUCAUUUCCGCCGGAAAUCCCCUUCAUAAUCGACGCCACCACCGACCAACGUCUAACCUACAAUGAUUUCCUCCGCCAAACCAAAUCCCUCGCUUCAUCCAUCAAAAAACUCGCCCCUUCCCUCUCCCCAAACGACGUCGCUUUCAUCCUACUCCCUCCCUCAAUCAACGUCCCUGUUCUUUACUUCGCACUUCUCUCAAUCGGAGUCACCGUUUCUCCGGCGAACCCACUCGCAACUGAAUCUGAGUUAACCCAUAUGGUUGAAAUCACAAAACCCGUCAUCGCAUUUGCUACUUCAUUAACAGUUGGAAAACUCCCACCGAUUCCACUCGGUACCGUGUUAAUCGACUCGGCCGAGUUUCAAAUAAUGAUGGAAUCGGAUAAUAAAUCCGGGUUUGAUCGAGUUCUGGUGACUGUGAGGCAAUCCGAUUCGGCAGCGAUACUUUAUUCGUCUGGGACAACAGGUCGAGUUAAAGGAGUUGAAUUGACUCAUCGGAAUUUCAUUGCCUUAAUCGGUGGACUUUAUCAAGUUCGAUCGUCAAAAGAGGACAAUAUGAUUGCUCCAAUAUCAUUACUACCAAUUCCUUUAUUUCAUGUGUUUGGGUUUUUCAUGUUGAUUAGGGCGGCGGCGAUGGGUGAAACGCUGGUUCUUCUUGAGAGGUUUGAUUUUGAGGCGAUGCUUAAGGCGGUGGAGAAAUAUCGCGUUUUGUAUAUGCCGGUUUCUCCACCGCUAGUGGUUGCGAUGUCGAAGUUAGAAAUGGUGAAAAAAUAUGAUUUGAGUUCAUUACAAAUACUUACCUGCGGCGGAGCGCCGCUUGGUAAGGAGGUGGCGGAGAAGUUUUUAGCACGUUUUCCUAAUAUUGAGAUAUCUCAGGGAUACGGUUUAACAGAGACAGUGGGUGGUGCCUCAAGGAUGGUUGAGGAAGAAGAGGCAACACAUUAUGGAUCAGCCGGUCGUUUGUCUGAAAAUUUGGAAGCCAAGAUAAUUGAUCCAGAAACCGGCGAAGCCCUAGGGCCAGAACAUCGAGGAGAGCUUUGGCUACGAGGACCCAUUAUCAUGAAAGGUUAUAUCGGGGACAAGGCGGCGACAUUGGCGACUUUAGAUGGAGAUGGAUGGUUAAAAACGGGUGAUCUUUGUUAUUUCGACAAGAACGGGUAUCUUUAUGUUGUUGAUAGGUUAAAGGAGCUAAUAAAAUACAAAGGAUAUCAAGUCCCACCGGCUGAAUUGGAACGUUUGCUUCAAUCCCACCCCGAGAUUGCGGAUUCAGCUGUUAUUCCAUAUCCCGACGAAGAUGCUGGAGAGAUUCCAAUGGCGUUUGUGGUUAGAAAGGCUGGAAGUUCUAUCACUGAUAUUCAAAUUAUGGAGUACAUAGCAAAGCUGGUUGCUCCUUACAAGAAGAUAAGACGGUUGUCAUUUGUUGCGGCUAUACCCAAGUCUCCAUCUGGGAAGAUCUUGAGGAGGGAGCUUGUCAAGCAUGCUACUUCUGCUUCAUCUAGACUAUGAUUCAAUGAUUGUGACAAUAGACAAAUAAUAUUGAAUUAAUCUAAUAACAUUUUUAAGGUUUAUGUGGUUUUACUUUAGAAGUUUUAUCUCUAUUAUUUUCCAACUAUUUAUGCUUCAUUUUGGUGGAGGAUAUAUUUGAAAUUAUAUUUGUGAGGCC